AUGGCUCCCCGCGACCUCGACGACGACUUCGUCCUGACCAUUUCCGACAAUGAGGACAACAUCCCCGACCUCGACGGCGAGCCCGACCCCGAGCUUCCCUCCACGAACGCCAAGAAGCGCAAGCGCGACUCCGCCGCCGCCGACGCAGACCUGAGCGCCUCCAAGAAGAAGAACAAGAAGAGCAAGAAGCAGAAAAAGGCCCCGAGCCCGUCGCCCGAGCCCGAGGAAGACGAUGAGGAGAACUGGGCGGCUGCCGGUGAGGACGACGGCGCAAUGGCCUCCGAUUUCGAGUUCCAGGCCGGCGAUGUCGACAUUGGCGUGGUAGACGACUUUGACGGCUGGGGUCUGGAGUCUGAUGCCAAGAAGAAGGGCGGUGACAAGAAGGCUGUCGACAUCGACGAGAUCAUUGCGCGCAGGCGCCAAAAGCAGGAGGAGACUGAGAAGAAGCAGAAGAAGAAGAAGGACGAGGCCGAGGACUCUGACGAUGACUCUGACGCACAAUUGGACGCGGACGAGGAAUUCACCGGGCUUGAUGAGGAUGAGACUCUGGCAGAGGAUGGUUUUGGUAUGGGCGCUCAGGACGCAGAAGAGUCUGGCGACGAGGAAGCUGAGGACGAAGACGAAUCCGAGGAUGACGAAGAGGAGGCGGAAGAGGAAGACGAGGACGAGGAUGAGGAGGUCGCUAAGCCCGUGGCGCACCCUGAUGACCUUCAGUCUGAUUCUUCAGACGACGACGAAGAGGAGGAUCCCGUGGAGGCAGAACGCAGGAAAGCCUUCUUCGCCCCGGAAGAAGACUUGGACGGCUCCAAACCUUCGGCUGCCAAAGGAAAGGGCUCUUUCCAGCACAUGUCUCUGUCGCGCCCAAUCCUCAAGGGUCUCGCUGCCGUUGGCUUCACCGAGCCGACUCCUAUCCAGUCAAAGACAAUCCCUGUUGCUCUGCUUGGUAAGGAUGUCGUCGGUGGUGCCGUUACUGGUUCCGGUAAAACCGGUGCUUUCAUCAUUCCCAUCCUGGAACGUCUUCUCUACAGGCCCAAGAAGGUCCCCACUACCCGUGUGGCCAUUCUGAUGCCCACCCGUGAACUGGCUGUGCAGUGUUUCAACGUCGCCAAGAAGCUCGCAGCCUUCACAGAUAUCACCUUCGCCCAGAUUGUCGGUGGUUUCAGUCUCAGAGAACAGGAGAACAUCCUCAAGCAACGGCCAGACGUCGUCAUUGCCACUCCUGGUCGUUUCAUCGACCACAUGCGCAACUCCGCCAGCUUCGCUGUGGACACUCUCGAAAUCCUGGUUCUCGAUGAAGCUGACCGCAUGCUCGAAGACGGUUUCGCCGACGAGUUGAACGAGAUUCUCACCACCAUCCCCAAGUCCAGGCAGACCAUGCUGUUCUCCGCCACCAUGACUGACUCCGUCGACAAGCUCAUCCGCGUCGGCCUGAACAAGCCCGUCCGCCUGAUGGUCGACGCCAAGAAGGCCACCGUCUCCGGCCUGGUGCAGGAGUUCGUCCGCCUGCGACCAGGCAAGGAGGAGAAGAAGCUAGCAGUCCUGAUGUACCUCUGCAAAGAGGUCUACACGGACCGCGUCAUCAUCUUCUUCCGCCAAAAGAAGGAAGCGCAUCGCGUACGCAUCCUCUUCGGUCUCCACAACAUCAAAGCCGCCGAACUCCACGGCAGCAUGAGCCAGGAACAGCGUAUCUCCGCCGUCGAGUCCUUCCGCAGCCACGCAGCCUCGCACCUCCUCGCCACCGACCUCGCCUCCCGUGGUCUCGACAUCAAGGGUGUCAGCACCGUCAUCAACUACGGCGCCCCGCAAUCCCACGAAAUCUACCUCCACCGUGUCGGCCGCACAGCCCGUGGCGGCGCGACCGGUCGCGCCUGCACCAUCGCCUCCGAGCCGGACCGCAAGGUCGUCAAAGCCGUCGUGAAAGCCGCCCGCGCACAAGCGGCGCAGGACAAGGCGGCGCCGCCGAAGAUCGUGUCGCGACAGGUGCCCACCGACGCCAUCGACGCGUGGGACGCGAAGCUGCGCGACGCCGACGCCGACAUCGACGCCAUCCUCAAGGAAGAAAAAGAGGAGCGCGCCCUCGCCCAGGCCGACAUGGAGAUCCGCAAGGGCGAGAACAUCGUCCGCCACCAGGACGAGAUCCUCGCCCGCCCCAGGCGCACCUGGUUCGAGUCGGAGCAGCAGAAGCUGGCUGCCAAGCAGGCCGGCCGCGCGGAGCUGAACGGCGAGGCCGCGGGCGCGGUGAAGGGGAAGAAGAAGAAGUUGAGUAAUAAGGAGAAGAAGAGGUUGGAUGCCAGCGCUGAGCGUAAGGAGGGACCUGGUAUGGGGUGGAAGAAGGGGAAGGCGGAGCGCGCGGGUAAGGGCGCGUUGGAGGCGGCGAAGAAGCCGAAGAAGAAGGCGACGGGGGCGAAGAAGGGGGGUGCGGCGGCUGCUGCUGGAAAGAAGGGGAGGAAGUAG